AUGCUCUCCAACAUCUUCACCGUCGGUCUCGCCGCUAUCCUCCUCGGUCUCCAAGGAUCAGAGGCGGCCCAUGCCACUUGCUACAACUUGACUAUCCCGGUCACCAUCUCCGCUAGCAACACCAACCUCUCCCUGCCUCUCCCGGUCAAUCAGUCCCAGGUGAUCGACUUUGCGACUGCUUCUGCCUCCAUCGCGAACAACAUCACCAACUACGUCGAGGGCAACUACACCCUCGACGCGACCUACAACAUCUCCGCCAGGUUAUGCUUGCCCACUUACGCUGCCAACAGCAACUCUUCCACCAACCGCAAUGACACGGUUCAGUUCUUGAUCCACGGAAUCGGCUUCGACAAGUCUUACUGGGACUUGCCUUGCAUCAACGGAGUUAACUACUCCUACACCGAAGCUGCUCUUGCCGGGGGGUAUGCUACCUUUGGCAUUGACAGGUUGGGUGUUGGGCUCAGCAACCCCUCUCUAAGGGAUGAUGCGACUAUUGAUCCCAAGAAUGAGAUCCAGACCCCUGCUCACAUCGAGAGCGUCAUCCACGUCGGACACUCCUACGGAUCCAUCCUCUCCAACGGCUUGGUUGCGAAGCACCCCAACGCCUCGGAUGGUUUGAUCCUCCAGGGUUACUCCGCCAACGGCUCAUGGGUCCCUCAGACAAUCGCCGGUCUCCUCCCUACCAUUGCCGCUCAGGACCAAUCCUUCCGCUUCAUAAACGCCUCCACCGGUGUCGCCUUGAACUCUGGUUACCUCCUCUCCAACAACAUGUUCCCUGUUUAA